GUUGCUGUAACUGCAGACGUCGUCUGUCAGCUCAGGAUUAAAGUCAAAAUCUCGUAAAAUUUUAGCAACUUUGCAAGCAAUUUUUAGCAAGAUAUUUUUUUCUCUCAACCACAUGAAAAAGCCAUUUCCUACGAAGUUUGAAGACUUACUUCCAUCAAUUGAUCUUCCACAGCUUAGACUUGUUUCUAGAUAAAUUUUAUUCUAACAUCAACUUGAAUCCAGUUGCCUCCAAUUCAUCUAGUUGGGAUUCGUUCGAUUUGGAGAUGGACUCGCUUCUGAUUCAGAUUGAAAACAAAAACUUGGAAGGACUGAAGGAUCUGGUCAAUCAAGGAUCAGAUGUUAAAACUACUGGGACUUUCUCACUAAAUGGCCAGAAAAUAUUUUUAGACGUCACACCACUUUUUGCAGCUACGAUUGCAGAUCUACUUCCCUUUAUUGAUUACCUUGUUGGUAGGUACCCACACUUCCCUCCAGAUCCUUUGAUUCUACCAGCCAACAGUGAUAUAGAGCAUGUCAUUGAAGUACGCGAAUUGGUCGGCGCUGUUUGUCUUUUUGAUGAUAACAAAGAAGUUCAAAAAUACGGCAGGAAAUGCUUGCUCAAAGCAAUGAAAUUGAGAAGAGACUUUGCCAGACCCAAGGUCGUACCGGCUCCAUCUAAAUGGGCAAAAUUCGUUUUUUCGACCCAAGAAAUUCUGGAUUCAUCAAGAGCAUCGAAACUACUGUUAUUUCAGGGGAAAAGGAAGCGGACCAUGCAAGCAUUCUUCAACAUUAAAAGGAUUUCCACGAAACAUGAUAGCUUUCCUACUCGUCUCUUCAUCUACAACAUGUACAAAUUUGCUCUAGAAAAUUGGAAAACUCGUGGCUUAACUCGGUCCAGCUGUUUUGCUGCCUCGUUCUACAUAUUUGAGAUGAUUGAAAGUUCACGUUUAAUGGAUCAGCUAAUUGUCAAUCAAACGGAGUCGAAAAACGCUUUACAUCUAACUAUCAUCGAGUUUAACAAUCUUCUUGAAAAUCAAAGAUUAAACCGACUUGAUCUUUUCCAACACGAGUCCGUCUUGACAUUCGAGCACCUAUUCGCUGCUCUGGUUUUCACUUGUGAAUACCAGCUCCAGGUUCAAGAUCUCUCUUCGGUCGACAAAAAUGAAAAUGAACCGAUUAUAUCUAACAUCAUUCUUAAUAUACUGGACCUACUGGUGGCCAUACCUAAGACGGAGACCGAAAGUGAACUUUUGAAGACCCAGCUAGCAACCUACGUCGGAUUGUACGAACUAACCCGUGCAGAGGGUACACCAACCCUAUUGCUAAGACUAUGCGCCAAGCACCAAGGUCAAACAUUCGAAUUCGAAGUGAUCCAACUGCUACUUGGAGCUGGAACAAAUGUCCACGCUGUAGAUCAACACGGGUUUUCGUCCCUUGAACUGUUGUCUGAAAAGGAGCUGGAGAACUCUUAUAUGUGGGACGUGGAUUCAUAUUCUGACCGUGCGCAUUACUUCACUUGCAUCGUCAGGAGUAUUUUGGACGGAAGAUCUGUGGAUGAUUACGGAGAACUAUUCGGGGAAAUUGGUGCCCUAAGAUACAUAAAAUGUAACCGCCUGCACUAUCCGAGCACUGAGUUGCAUCUUUUACUUCAUGAUAUGUUUGACCCGAAAUACUAACCACAUUUUUUUCCUCGUUUUAACCUAACGUAUAUCUCAUAAAUUUGCCGUGUUUGUGACAGACACAGACGAUUCCAAAUAAAUUCCCACCAUUCAGAAAUCAGAAGAGGUUUCCUCUCUCUGUUUUGCCCAACCCUCAGUUGCAUUUCUGCUCCAAAUUUUUGUUAACUGUGCUGUUCCAUUUUUCUCCUUCCCAAGCCGACAUCGCAUGUGGCAAGCGUAGUCAAAAUUUCAAGUGGCAAAUAGCCAAAUACAG